AAGCCCCCUUUGUCUGACGAUUAUCCUGAGUCGUGGCCUUUGAUACCCAGUGCGGGAGACCUUUUUUCCGACAGCUACUCGAGUGUAGUAGCCAGUUUAGCUAGUGGCGCUGGUGACUCCCAUGCACGGGCAUUGCAGGAAGUAGAGGAUGUGGCAGCCAGUGAAAAAUUGGUGGCAGAUCUACUAUCAGAGUACUCGUCACAGACAAGUCGUGAGGCAGGAACUAGUCGUGGGAAUAAAGCAUCCCCUUCUUCUUCUAGUACAAGUAAAGAAUCUCGGGCGUCUUCAGAAAAUGUGGUGACAGGACUUUCUUAGGGGUAGGUUAAAGGUGCUUUUGUUACCGUUUGUUAUGGCGUUCCUAAGGGGGACAGCCAUAACAAGCGGGAUAAACAAACACCAAAAACCUACCUCUAACUAUCGCAUGAUGGUGCUGGACCUACGGCCACCUCUACAGCUUCUAGC